CUUAGGGUCAAAAUGGGAUGGAUUGGGCGUGUCCGCCAGUCACGAGCCCAUGACGUACUCCACUGGUGGGACGAUCGGAAAAGUCGCUCUGGGAAAGCGACCCGGCUGAUUGGUUCCUCCCCCUGGAACGGGAGAAUCACCGCCGCAUCCAAUGACAAAUGACAAAUGACAGAGUCACGGGCCAAGCAAAGCGCGAGUGUGCACGAUGUGUACUCCGUCCCAGGGAUCUCGCAUCAAACGAGUCGCAAUGGUAAUUAGAGAGAACAUAGUGGUUACCAAGUACGUUGUCGGUCCCACGGAUGUCUAUGAUAUCGUGGAGACAGACAGAUCAGAACCACUCCUUUGGGUGGCGCGCUGAACACGACGAGAUCCGCUUUCCUGUCUCAUCCUUAUCGUCCGAGAGAAAGAGAGCGAGAGAGCGGAGGUGUACAUGCACACACGCCCGGUUGCACUACUGUGUACCCAAUAUUAGCGGGCUAACAGAGACCGGUCAGAGUUUGUUCACGCCAUCUGUCCACAAGUCUUCACAAACAGGUCUAAUUCCAAGAAAAACACUAAACUUUCCACUUCAUGCCCGUAAUGCGGAAGCCCAUAAACGGUCUGCUCCUCUUGUCUCUCUAGCGCCGCUGCUGCAUCCUAAGACGUUAAGCCCAGAUGUCAGACAUUUGGGGAAGGAUGUCCAAAUCAAUUACGAUCAACAACAAAGUCCAAACUUGAUGCUGAUGCCUAGGUUAGCCCGAAGCUUAAGGCAACUUUAACGAAGUUGAGAUCGGAGGUUCGGCAUCUGCCCGACUAUUCAAGCACAAAAACCCUAAGUCGGAAGCGUCGAAUCAUGACAAGCAAAGUUUGAGCGAUGACAGUACUAAUCUCCGGGGUGAUAUCUGAAAAGAGCAUUGUUCUUUUUCUCUAGUUGGCAGUCUGCCCCGCGCCAAUUGACAGGAGAGUUCGGUACGAACCAGCGAGACGGUCACAGUUUCGUCUGUGGCUGACCCAUAAUUAACGACCAACGAUCGCGCUGAAGUCUCCAGACCGAGCAAGCCCGUCAGGUCUUCGCGUGCAAACCUAAACGGAGCGAUCCUCGUGGCUUGCCAGAUCAAGGCUGCAUUCGCCGUGAAUGAUUUGUCAAUGGGAGGGUAGCCUCAAUCGCAGGAGGGACCCAGUUCUUUUCCAGGCUCCAUACCACGGGCUCCUUCCCAAACAGGAAGAGCUUCUGUUGGCCUUGCUGGGCAAUCCUCUAGUAGGAUCUAGUAUGGAGUAUGACUAGUAAAACGUGCCCGUUGCGGUGUCGCAAAAAGAUGUGAAUUAUUGCUACUUACGAUCUGGUUCGUCCUGCAGAGGAGAGGACUCACGGUUCACCGAGAGAAGGGGGUGGCGACUGAGCGCGCGGUUUAGCGAGAGAUCCAUGACCUACCUAGUGCAUGCCGUGGGUAGUAUAGCAGAUAGCGGUAAAGGAAAGGAACUAUUCGUAUUGAGCUGGUGCUCUAGAGGGGGGAGGAGAAGAGGGG